UGCUCACCUCUUUAUACCCUCCCAUCGCCCAAUUUCUCUAAUUCUCACCGUGAAAACAUGCCCUAUCGAAAGAUCUAUUCUGAGAUAUAGAUAUCGCACUAUCUUUAAUCGGGUAUAGCGUAUCGCCCAUAUGAUGUCAUUAGCGAGUGGGCCAAUCAUAUGCCUCUAAUUCUCAUGUGGAUUGGGUUUAGCGUGAACAGUAUUAUAACUUUGGAGGAUAUAUCAGAGCUGGAAUGCCCCGUUGAUAGGAUGCGGACUUUGUUAGACAUGUCUGAUGUUCGGGAUUUGGUUGGUGAGAAGGAUUUGGAGUAUGUACGCGUCCCUACUUUUAUUGUGUUAAGUGCUUGGCUCAGCGUUAAGCUAAGGCUGCUACCUACCUACCCAUACCCAGAUGAACUCCUGAUAAAGUCCUUUUACCUGCUAGCUGAUAAAUCAAUCACAUAAUAUCUUUGGUUGUUUUAUUCAUUUUGUGCAAUGUCAGCACUAUGCAGUUAAUGCAUACAGUAGUAUCUCCCCAUCUCGAAC